GCCAGGCGUGGCGCCGCAGGAUGGCCACCCCCGCCGGCGUGGGGGGCGGCACCGCUUCGCAGGCGGCUCCGCCGCCGCCGCCUGCCGCCAUGCACGUGGCGCGCCCGUCUUCGCCCUCGGCGCCGAGCGGCGUGCCGCCCUGGCUACAAGACCCGGAGCCUGCAGCGGACGCCGCGGCCGGGCUCAGCGCACUCCCGAUGUCCUUCAAGAGCGAGACUUCGCUCAUGGUGGCCGCAGCUGGGUUGCAGGAGCCGUGUGCGCUCACGCCGAGCUCCGCGGCGAGCUGCGCCCGGGCGCCGCCGCUCGUCCCCGAGGCCGAGGCCUGCGGGGCCCCGGCGGAGGCGGCCAGGCCGCGGGCCUCGACGAAGGAGCUGCCGUGCCGCAAGGACGUGAUGGACUCCAUGGCGGCCAGCCAGGCGACGAAAGACCCCCUCCGUUUCUCCUCCGAGCCGUCCCGCCGUACGACCUCGGCGUCGAGUAAGUCCACGACGCUGCCGCUGCUGCAGACGCCGAAGCAGAUCAGAGACUGCGCGGUGCGUCAGGCCGUGUCGGACGGCCUCGGGGAGCUCCGGGAGCUACUGGAGGUCAUCCGGAGCGAGCAGGAGGUCCUCACCGCCCGGGUGGAGGAGGCUCUGGGCCUCGGCCGCGGAGCCGACCAGGCUCCGCAGCCCGACGGCCCGAGGUGCCGGCUCCCGGGGCUCCCGAAGCCCGCGGUCCAGCGCGCCAGCACCGAGCCGCAGCCCUUCUCGCUGGCGCUGGUCCCCGAGUGGCGGCGCGGCGCCGAGCCCCAGCGGGGUCCCAGGAACGGAAAGGGCAAGGACGUCGCUGGCGGGGACCGGGUGAUGAGCUUCGAGAACUUGGACGACAUGUACAUCGACUUCUUGAUGAAAGAGGGGCGCGCCUCCUCGCGCGUCUCAACCAGACGUAAGAUUGACCUUCCGCCGGAGUGACCCAUGGUGCGCGC